AUGUCAAUUCAGCUGCUGAGCGCCGAUUUGGCUGCAUUGGUGGCAGAAACCAAACGGAAGAACACUGACAUUCGCCACGCGGCUGAUAAGUCGCUUGACACUCUCAAAUCUGGACAGGGAAAAGACGAAAGAGCGUUUUUGAAAUCACUCUCCCAAAAUCCAGACUUCAUUAACCCUUUCCUUCUUGCCUGCCAAUCCAAAAAUGCAAAACUCACGGCAAUCGCGCUUCAAUGUUUCGGCAGACUAAUCCCAACACAUAGCUUACCUGCAACGAAGGUGGAUUUGAUAAUCGACGCUUUAUUGGAAUCCACUCAUUCCGCGAUAGAUAUACAGCUCAAGAUCCUGCAAUUGCUGCCCUCCUUCUUCCAAGCGUAUUCGAUGUUCAUCAGUGACGAAUCGCUUUCGAAGUUGCUGUUAGUAUGUUCGUCGUUGCAAAGUACUAAUCGGAUGGGUGCCGUUGUCAAUACCGCGCAAGCCACGUUUCUACAAUUAGUAAAUUUAGUGUUUGAGAAGGUUCACGAUGAAGAUCAGAAGGGAAGGUCGGAAGCUUUAUAUGACGUCCCAAUAAGUCCUCAAGAAACGAAGAAAAUUGGUGCUUGUGCGUACGAUGCACAACGCAUCGUCAACGACCUUUGCACUCUAAUCGAGCACCACAAACCGGCAUUCCUAAAAACAAACUAUAUUACCGAGGAUUUCGGCUUCGAGUUACUAGAAAGCAUAGUCAAGAACAAUCGGCAAACGUUUUUGGAGCAUGAGGAACUUGCUCAUUUACUAAGACUCCGAGUGGCCCCAAUAUUGCUGCGUUUCCUGUCGUCAAGCAAAGACUUUACCGUAAUGGUCCGCGUGUCGCGCUUGAUCUCGCUUUUAAUUCAAGAACAAUUUGAAGUCCUCAAAAUCGAGUCCGAAGUCACCCUUUCGCUUUUAAAUCACACACUAACGAAAGAAUCUGCCACGCCUGCUUGGAAGCGCAUUUUGUCUCUCGAAAUAUACCGUGCUAUAUUCAAGAAUUUCGAGCUAGUAGGCAAAAUAUUCUCCGAGUACGAUAACAACCAAGAAGAAGAGCGAAAAAAGGUGUUUGCUGAUUUAUUCAAAGCUUGUCUUGAGAUUGUAAACGACUACAAACAGAUGCUUAACACCAGUGAUCUGAUUCAGGCUCCUCCUAGCUCUACCAUGAAAUCUGACCCUGUCCACCAGGCCAAUUCUUCCAAAUUGAAGAAAUCAACGUCCAGCUCAGCGCCUGCCACUAUUCGUCAGGCAGAAGAGGAAAAAGUUGGUCUAUCUGUCGCCAAAUCUGCGAUCAAGUUUUCUUACAUUGAGUCACUGGAUAAAGCCGACCCUCCACAUGUACCAGAAACCUACUCUUGCUAUUUGGUUUGUCAGAUAAUCACAAGCUUUUGCGAAGGUAUUUGCAAAGCUACUCUUGAUUUGGCAUCCGAUGGAAAGAAUGUUUCCUUUUUGAAUGAGACAACAUUUUCCGACAAAUCGAGUCAACAGCAAUAUUCCAGCUUGAGUGCCAUGAUACUUUCCAACUCAAAGGACUUGUUAGAGUUGCACAAGAUUUUCAUGUAUUCGACGAUAGAUUCUGAUCUUUUCUCCAAGAUUGUCCGAUCCUUGCAAAAACUGUGCCAUGCGUCAGGUAUCUUGUCGUUGAAAGAAACAAGGAACGAAAUCCUCAAAUUCUUCGCGAUCUCCACUCUCAAGUUAACGGGCAGAGAAGGACGCCAAAACAAAUUUCUGUCAUUCGGUGAAUCUAUAGUUGGAACUAUCAGUUCCACUAUUGGAAACGCCGUUUCAAAUAUGGCAAAUGCCUCUUCUGAGACAGAAUCCAUGCAGUUGUACAGCCGAAACAUAAACUCACGUCAGAUUAUGUGUUUGCGGGUUCUUCUGAGUUUGGCAACAUCUUUGGGUGCGGUUCUCGAUGACAAUUGGGACAUCAUCUUCAUUACCCUUCAGUGGGUCAGUUACUAUAUUGACGGGCCCUCAGACGUCAAUAUAAAGGAAAUCCCGCCAAUGCCCACUUUACUUACCGAUCAAGACCUUGCCCAUGUGGAGUCCUCACUGAAAAAGCUCCGAGAAAGCUUAAAUUCCCAAUCGAAAGAAGUUUUUUAUUCGAUACUCAGAUCUUUGAUGCGUUUGUCAUCUAUGGUUCUAAGCUCAUCGCUGUCAAAUGAAGAUCGAAAGGGUACCAAACCGGUGGAUGAAGGAGAACUUGAGCCCUCUAUUCUAAACAAAAGUUUUUUUAUCAGCAAGCUCACCGAAGUUUGCGAAAUAGAUCCCAUCAAGUUUCUUGUCGAAUCAAAUCAGAACUGGCAAUGUAUCAAUGAGUUCAGCAUUUCAACAGCAAAAGACAGAUCAUUAGAAGACUCUCUUCGCAUACUGGUUGCUCAAAAUUUCAAUACCAUUGUUAAAAAUGUCGCCGUUGCAGGGUUUAAUUCCGACUCAGAAGCUAUCAGAAAUGAGACCGAAAAUAAAAUCCUCAAUGCAUUGAAUGACUUCGUCGACAGUUUUGCCAACUUACCAAUUUCUAAAGAAAUCUUAGUGACGAACUGUGAGGUGGAAGUUCAGUUGCUCACUUUGAAUACUUUGAAAGACAUGGUUGAACAAUAUGGAAUGCUAAUAUCACACCACUGGAACCUAGUGACUCAGAUGCUCAACAGUCCGUUCGAAAUAAUAGGGCACAUGGAUGAUGCUAUGUUAAAAGAGAAAGCAGUGGGCGAUAUAAUCACAUCCGUUCUUCGCUCGACAUUCGAGACUUUGAAGGUUAUUUUGGAUACAGUGUUGCAAAGCAUUGCCGCAAACCAGAUAAAAGUUAUUAUUGAUUGUCUUUACAACUUUGUGACUCAGAAAUUUGACCUCAACAUUUCCUUCAAUUCCAUUAGUUAUUUCUGGCUUAUCAGUGAUCAUUUAAAAGAGAAAAUGGAAUCCGAUGAGGUCAAUUUUUCGGCCGUUGAGAUCAUUAUUGAUUCCCAAGAAACGCUGCGAAAGUUCAUCGAUUUUGACUCUCUCGCGCAAGCUCCUGAUGUCGAUAAAUACAAAGGGCUGUGGCUCUACCUCAUCUUGCAGUUGUCCAAAUCUAUCUCAGAUCCUCGAACGCAAGUCAGAAAUGGUUCAAUCCAGACUUUCUUCAACGUCAUCGACUCGUACGGGCCACUUUCUCCUUCCUGGAAAUUGAUAUAUGAUAUUACAUUGAGCCCGGUCAUCAUGUCAAUUGAACCAAAGGAAGAAUUGCCCGCUGAAUGGAUAGAAAGUUUCACACUAAUUGUGAAUGGCUUAAGCAAACUUUUCAGCCAAUACUUUGAUUACAGGAGUGAGUCAAGUAUAUCAUUUUGGAGAGGAUUGUUCAGUUUUUUCUCCAAAAUGAUCAAUGUUGACUCGAACUGGACUGAACUCAAUCUACAAGUAUUCAAGGCCUUCUCUCACAUAGUGACAAGUUUUGAAUCUCAGCCGCCAGAAGAGCUAGUAGAAAUUUUGUACGAGUUCUGGGCUGGUUUCCAGAUUUCUUACAACUUGUCAGAUGAUUCGCUCUAUCAGACCUCGUUAUCGGCAUUCAUCGCGUCAUUUUCUGAUCUAUUCAAAGUUCUCAAACCGGUGCUUACUCUAGCAAAGUUUGAGCAUAUUCUGGCAUUGCUCAACUCUUGUAUCAGAUACCCGAUUUUGACGGGAACACAGAAAGACAAUCACAAAUGCACAGAACUCCAAAAACAGGUCAUAGAUACACUUGCUGGGAUAUCAUUUGACGAUGACAAGUAUGAAUCGCUGCUUAUCCAGCAACUAAACCUAAUAGUCAUUCUUCCUUUUUCAACAAGGGAUCUGAUUCAGAAAAAACUAGCAGCAAGGGUUUCUAAAAUACCCACAUUCAUAGCCGCCAGCCACGAAGCAUUGCAGCUUUUGAAACAGCAUUUGGAGCGCAUUCCGGAUCUGACACCAUUUUUGAACGACCGUUGCAUCAUUAAAACUUACAAAGCGCUCUUAGAACCAUCAAAAUCAAAAGAUCCAGAGUUUCAGUGCAACGGCAACUUCUUGUGGAUGGAAAGCAUGAACAUCCUUGUCAAUUUGAGCACACAAGUCUCUCUCUUGCUGACACACUCGGACAAAGUGAAAAAGGAAGUUAAAGCACAAUUGAGCCAGUUACUAAUUCAAACAUUCAAAACAUCCUUCAGCUACUCAUCUUCUGAAGAUGAGGAAUCUGAGUCUUUUGAUUUGCAGAGUUAUCAACAAAUGAAGAGCUGUUUGGUCCCACUUUAUACUGAAAGUCCUUUAUCCUCAAAGCUUGAAGUUGAGGAAUUCGUUGUCACGGUGUGGACUUCAUCUUUUCUUUACGCCCUGGAUUACAUUGAGAAUUCAAUACUGGAAACCUCAAAGUCGCCAUUAGAGGUCGCUCAAAAAUUGUGCAAUUAUGAUUUAAAUCUUGGUUAUGGUUCCACUGAGGAGCUUUCCACGUUACCUAGACUUAGAUUUGCCAAGACUUGUUUGCAAGACUUGAUUGAGUUCUCGAUUCCUCGAGAGAACAAUUCACUGUUCGAAAAAUGUCUACCAUACUUCGUUUCUCGAUGUGCUUUUGCUCUUCGCAAACUCCUAAGCGACGAAAGGCUUCUUUACAAGCAACCAGUUCCAAGAAUUCAGCAAACGGAAAUAAAUAUUGUCCUUAAUGGUCUUAUGACCAUUACCAAUGUAUUGGACACUUCCCCUGAUUCGAAUCGAGUCUAUGAUAAGUUGAUGGUUCUUUUUCCUCUUCUUGUUCAGGCUAUAGCCGUGAAAACAGAUACGAACCAGCUUAUGCAAAAGCUUACUCUGAAACUUGGCAGGAAUCACUAA